UAAGUCAUCAACAAAUAAAAUAAUGAAAAAGAGCCAACUUGACUUUAAAUAAAGGUAAAUAAAAUGAACCCUACCCUUUAUUUAUUUAUUUAUCAUUUUUAGUGCCCUUUUUUCUGUUAUAUAAUCAUCUAAUUCUGUGAAUUCUUUUCAAAAUUGCAAGACUUUUAGAAGAACAAACAUUUGCAUUGUGAAAAAGUAACAUUAAAAGUUUCAUAAAAUUUAGUAGUAAAAUGGGAGUUAAUGCAUCUGCUCCAGUAAUUCCAGAGGGAUUAGGAAGUGUUAUUUAUGAUCAAGAUGGGAUGAAAAUUAAUCAUCAGAUUAAAUCUGGAUCAGUUCAUUCUCAACGUGGUGGUAAAGUUGUUAAUCAAGAUUCUGCUGUUCUUUGUCAGGGAUAUGGAUCAGAAGAUGGUGUGCUUUGUGGAGUAUUUGAUGGUCAUGGUAAAAACGGUCAUUUCGUGAGCAAGGCUAUCAAACAGCGCUUGCCAUUACUAAUAAUUGAUCAAAAGAAUGCAGUGUCUAAGGCCAAUGAGCAUUAUUCUGAAUGUCAAUCAACAACUUUCAAGAGUUCAUUACCAACUCAAGAGCUACGCGAAUGGGAGGAGGCGUGUAUGAAUGCCUUUGAAGAAAUGGAUGAAGAGAUUAAAAUGGUGAAAAAACUGGAUUAUUCUUUUAGUGGCAGUACUGCUGUCAUCGCUUUAAAACAGGGUGAUGAUCUUCUCAUUGCUAACCUUGGAGAUUCAAGGGCCAUAUUAGGAACUAAAGGAGAAAAUGGAGUUACAGCUGUUCAAUUAACCAUUGAUUUAAAGCCCGGGACACCUGAUGAAGCUGAUAGAAUAAGAAGGUCCAGAGGUAGAGUGUUUGCAUUGAAGGAUGAACCAGGUAUGGAGCGAGCUUGGUUGCCUCGUAUUUGCAGUCCGGGGAUAGCUAUGUCUCGAGCCUUUGGAGACUGUGUUAUGAAACACUAUGGUAUAAUAGCUACACCAGUUAUCACGCAUCAUUGCAUAACUUCUGAUGACCAGUUCAUACUGCUUGCUAGUGAUGGGAUAUGGGAUGUCCUUAGCAAUGAGGAAGUAGCAUCAAUCGUAUGCAGCGUAGAGCAUGAAGAGAUGGCAGCGAAAGCAGUAGUAGACGCAGCUGUUGCAGAAUGGAAGAAGAAAGUUUUGUUUGACAAGCGUGAUGAUUGCACAGCUGUUUGCUACUUUUUGCAGAAGAAGGUUCAUACACAAACACACUUGCCACUUGAAAGAUGAGAUUCGCUUGGAUUUGUACUUAAAGACCUCUAAUUGUAACAUAUGUGGAAAUCAGUUUCUUUGCUAAUUAGAUAAGGACAUAAGGUGAUCUGUCUGAGCUCGAAAUGGAGGGACUCAACGGCUUUUUUGUGGAUAAGCAAGCUUAAAGUUUGAGGUACGAACGAAAUGAAGGGUUACCGAAAUCCUUGAUUCGUCAUGAUUCUUAAGUUCAGAUCCCUUCGAACAAGGGAAAAUUAGAGGUUCUUUUCAUGUUUCCUCCUCUUUUCUUCUUCUUGUGAAUGUGCAUUGUGCAAAUAUAUUGUGAAGGUUUUGUGGGCAAAUGUAAGAGUAUGUGUUGGAUGAUACACUAAUACUUGUAACUUUCUUUUAUUCCUUUUGAGAUUUGGAGAUUUCGUACAGAUGUGAUCUUAUGAGUAUAAAUGUAGUUUUCGGCUCUAAUAAGACUCAAACUUUUGGAUGAUUCUUUAGUUAUUA